AAAAUAAACCUGAACUUUGACUUGAAUCAACAACAAUGGUGAGAAAAGAGACAAAUCCGUGAUCUCCAUUUUCUUCUACAACACCCAACAACAAAUUCUCACCUGUAAAAUAAGAAAAAAACCCUAACUCUCUCACCAUUCACCAAGCUCACUCAUCUUCUCAUUCCACCAAAUUGGUUGAAUCAGCAUAGAAUCAGUGAAAAUCGGCAAUUCAGAGGAAGAUUUUGGAAGUUUCUGAUCUGGGUUUUCACAAUUUUCCAUUUUUUAAUUUCAUUUUUGUCUCGUCUGGUUAGUUUGAUAUCACCCAUGUCCAUAAUCACCAACAACGAAAUCUUCAACGACCCAUUAACAGGGAAGGUCUUAAAAUCCAAACUUUAGCCAUACCCAGUUCUCGAAAUCUCUGAUUUCAUCAGAAGAAUCCAUACCCAUAUGCAAAAAUUCCAACAACAGAGAGAAACAAAGCGGUUAUGGGAGCUGAGAAGAAAUGGCUAUUCACGCUGUUCGUUGCAGCACUCGUCUCCCUCAUGCUUCUCUUGAUGUCUUCCUUCUCCGCCUUCAGCUCGCCGAAGGCGUUUCCCUCUCUGGUUCAGCAUGGUUCUCACUACCCUCCUUCGUUUGCGUACUUUAUCUCCGGUGGAAACAGGGACAAGGAUCGGAUCUUGCGGUUGUUGCUGGCAGUUUAUCAUCCUCGGAAUCGGUACCUUCUUCAUCUGGGGAUGGAUGCUGGGGAUGCAGAGAGAGCGGCUCUAGCUGCUGCUGUGAGGUCUGUGCCGGCGAUUCGGGCUUUUGGGAACGUUGAUGUGGUCGGUAAGGCUGAGUGGAUCACCUAUUUGGGGUCCUCCAAUGUUGCCAUCACUCUCCGAGCUGCGGCUAUUAUGCUGAAAUUGGAUAGUGGGUGGGAUUGGUUCAUCACUUUGAGUGCACGUGAUUAUCCUCUCAUCACUCAGGAUGAUUUGUCCCAUGUUUUCUCUUCAGUAAGGAGGGACCUAAAUUUCAUUGAUCAUACCGGUGACCUUGGAUGGAAAGAGAGUGAUAGGUUCCAACCUAUUGUAGUUGAUCCAGGGCUAUAUUUAGCUAGGAGAAGCCAAAUUUUUCAGGCUACAGAGAAGAGGGCAACACCUGAUGCAUUCAAACUCUUCACAGGUUCACCAUGGGUCAUCUUGAGCAGACCCUUUCUGGAGUUCUGCAUUUUUGGUUGGGAUAAUUUGCCUCGAACACUGCUGAUGUAUUUUACAAAUGUGAAGUUAUCCCAGGAAGGGUACUUUCACUCAGUCAUUUGCAAUGCACCAGAAUUCAAGAACACAACAGUAAAUGGCGACUUACGGUACAUGAUCUGGGACAAUCCUCCAAAGAUGGAACCGCUCUUCCUGAACGCCUCUGUUUAUGAUCAGAUGGUGGAAAGUGGAGCUGCUUUUGCAAGACAGUUCCAAGUUGAUAACCCUGUGCUGGACAUGAUUGAUGAAAAGAUCCUCCGUCGCGGUCGCCAUCAAGCUGCCCCAGGGGCAUGGUGCACCGGGAGGAGGAGCUGGUGGGUGGAUCCAUGCUCCCAGUGGGGUGAUGUCAAUAUCCUGAAGCCUGGUCCUCAGGCUAAGAAGCUUGAGGGGUCUGUUUCAAGCCUCCUUGAUGACUUGGGCUCACAGACCAAUCAGUGCCAGUGAACAGACACAUCAAUAGAAACAGUUUAGGAAGCUGUGCAGUUUUUUGUACUGUGAUUUAUCAAUCAGUAGAAGUUGUUACCAUUUACUGAAGAACAAAUUCUUUGGCCACCAAAGUUUAAUAUCAAUCUGGGAAGGAGGGUCUCCUGUCAUAGCUAGCUGUGUUUGCAGGUGAGUGUGCAUACUGCAUAGCAAAACUUCUGAGUUGGAGUGGAGAAGGGAAUAAUGUAUGAGCUUUGGGGCUGUAUAGUUUUGGAGGCUUAAUAUUUAUGGUUGAUCCUCCAAUACCUUUAAUAGUAGAGGCUAGGAGGAUAUUCCUCCUGGUUCCAUUUUCAUCAUGUUGUAUGUUCUGUAUGACCAUAGAGAUUUUAGACGAUUCAAGCAGAAAGUUUAUUCUUUUA